GACCUCAAACCUUUCCCGUAUUCCUCACCUCUACUUCCCUCUACUCUGUCCCUCUGUUUACUCACCCAUACCUCCUCCCUCCACCCUUCCUAUCCUCCUCCUCCCUCCUGAAUGAAUCGCCCAGGUUCAACCCCUCCCACACCGAGUGAGCUUUAAUUGUCAGCCCCGGACAAGAACUUGCGUAAAAGCUCCAAAAACGCGUGCCCCUCACACACUGGAGACUGGAAGUGACAAACCUGGACCAGUGCGCAUCUCUUUGGCGUGUGUAUGUGUGGUGCUGCGUGAUCAAGUGUGUGUGUAUGAGUAGUUUAGAUUUUUAUUUCUAAGGAAGCUUGCCGGUCUGGUUUGAUUUAUUUCUGCCCGAGCAGCAAUGCAGGUAUCUGUGGCCCUCAUCGUCUCCAGCUCGGCGCUCCUGCUGCUGCGGCUGCAGGGAUGCUGCGCGGCCGCCAAGGGCUGGAAGGAAAUAAAGAACGAUGCCACGGAGAUUUUACCGAACCGGAGGGAAAACAGCCGGCCACCCCACCAGGCGAUCCUGCAGACCUCAGACAACAACAACAACAACAACAAUAAUAACAACACCCUUAAUAACAGGGCAAAAAACGGAGGGAGAACAUCCACUUCAAACACGGUUUCUUAUAGUCCUUCCGAGAUGAGCUGCAGGGAGCUACGCUCCACCCGCUACAUCACUGAUGGUUCCUGCCGCAGCGCCAAACCCAUCCGGGAGCUAGUCUGCUCAGGCCAGUGCCUCCCUGCCCACCUCAUGCCCAACUCCAUCGUCCGUGGGAAGUGGUGGAGAAACAGCGCUGCAGAUUACCGUUGCAUCCCAGCGCACUCCAGGACAAGAAGAGUCCAGCUUCAGUGUCCGAAUGGCAACACUCGGACUUACAAAAUCCGCGUGGUCACCUCCUGCAAGUGCAAGCGCUUCAGGCCCCACCACAACCAGUCAGUUGCCAAGGAGGUGCCGAAGAGGCAGCCCAGCAGGAAGCACAGCCGCUUGUCACAGGAUCGGAGCAGCAACAACACGCCACUGCUGGACAAUGCAUACUAAAGCAGCCAAAGACUGAGACCGAAUGCGCAUUACAUGUUACUCAAAUACCAACAUUUCUCCUUCGUACAGGGAAGGGAUGCAAGAAAAAACUCAAAGAGAGAGAAUGUAUAAGCUAAUUUCUGGUCUGAUUCUUUGCAUGAUGAAUUGGAUCAGCAACAGCAGUGACUGGUCAGGAGGGGACCAAUCUGGUCUUCUUUCCAAACAAAGUUCUUGUAAAAAUUAUGACAAAACAUCCUUGAAACGUCAACUCCUACAUGUACAAACAUUCAAUGGAUUCAGAGUCUAACUCAGCCUCGAAGGUGCAUUUUCUCUCUAGAGUGGUAGAAUGGUUGUAAUCUGUGUCCUUUAGUGUUUGGGACAUCAGCAGGAUUUUAAGAAGUUCCCUGAAAGCUGCCCCUAGAUAGACCUGUCAAUCACACCAGUUCUUUUCUCAAAACUUAGCAACACAGAGUCAGAAGAGACAAAGAAAUGAAAGUUUACCAUCUCCGACACCAUGUAGGGGACCAGUGGGCAUUCCUGUGACACCACAUAAUUAGCUAAUUCCUGUGUUAAGAUUGACUCACACAAAGCAAUUUUCUCUAGAUAUCACCAGUUCCUGUCUGCUAGGGUCACGCAGGAAAAAAAAGUGCACAUGGUGUGUGGGAGGCAUCAGAAAGUGUUACCCAGGGGCAGAGCUCUCUCCAUCACACCCACACUGGAAUUCUGUUGCAGCGGGCCAAGCUGAGCAGGGAUGGAGCCAGCAAGAGUCAAGAAAGCCCCACUUCUCUCUUUAAAAAAUCCAGGCGGGAAACCGACGAGGACCAUCAGAAUCUUAAGCAGCGAUUUGGUUUGUCGAUGUACUACAGAAAAAAAAAAAAGUUUCUCUGAACUUCUUCAGAACAUUAACAAUAUCCCUACUAGUUCUCAUCUCUGCAGUGUUUUUCCUCUUCCUUCAUUAAUCCAAAUGUCUGCUGAAUUUUCUCCCAAAACAUACAUUGAAAUAGCAACUGGAAAGAAGUUCAGCAUGAUUGUACAUAUCAAACCUGCGUGCCACGCAAGGAUGGCAGGAAGAGACCCAAAGAAGGACUCUUUUAAAAAGAAUGAACUUCAUAUUUAUUUUUUAUGUCCACAUUUAAAUUAUUUAUGCAACCUUUUAUAUCAACUGAUAGUCAUAAUUGCCAUAUAGUGUGAUAGAGAAAAUAAGAGUGUACAGUCCACAAAUAAAAGUAAAGGCAGAUAUAUUUCAACA